UAUGUCGUCGGAAUUGACUGUUGAUGCAAAAAAAGUACCUGAAGGAAGCAACGCUGGUAAAGCUAAAAGAAGAUUAUUUAAGAGAGAUGCUAAACACAGAGUAUUCGUCAACAAGAGUUUAUACCUUGAUAAGAUUAAAUUUUUCGGAUUUGAUAUGGACUAUACACUAGCAGUUUAUAAAUCACCACAAUACGAAGCACUUGGCUUUAGGUUGAUUGUUCAACGUCUUGUUGAGUUUGGUUAUCCUAAAGCUAUAUCAGAGUUUCGAUACGAUCCAACAUUUCCUAUAAGGGGUCUCUGGUUCGAUACAAGAUACGGAAGCCUAUUGAAAGUUGAUUCUUACGGAAAUAUUCUUGUUUGCGCAGUUGGUUUCAAAUUCUUGAAGAGGGAAACAACAGGGGUAAGAUGCGGAGAAAUGCUGAUAUCGUAUAAAUCGAUUUUUGAGGACGUUCGAGGUGCCGUUGAUUUGGUGCAUAUGCACAUGGGAGACUUAAAAAGGGAGACCUUGGAAAAUUUGGAAGAGUAUGUUCAUAAAGAUGAUAGAUUACCAAUAUUGUUAAAUAGAAUACAAGAUCAUAACCAUAAAGUUUUUCUCUUGACAAAUUCGGACUAUGAUUAUACGAAUGAAAUCAUGUCGUAUUUGCUAAAUGAUCCGAAUGCAAAGAAAAAGAAAUGGACCGAGUAUUUCGAUUAUAUUGUUGUUGAUGCUAAAAAGCCACAAUUUUUUGGCGAAGGAACUGUACUUAGACAAAUUGAAAAGGAAACUGGUAAAUUAAGCUUGGGAAUACAUACUGGACAAAUAGAGCCGGGACGUAUUUAUUCGGGUGGUUCUUGUGAUACGUUUUCAAGGAUGAUUGGGGCGAAGGGAAAGGAUGUAUUGUAUAUCGGUGAUCAUAUUUUUGGUGAUAUACUGAAAUCGAAGAAAAUUCGUGGUUGGCGAACAUUCCUAAUUAUUCCUGAACUUGGACCAGAAUUGCAUGUUUGGACUGCUAAAAAAGAUUUAUAUAAUCGAAUCCAAAAUUUGGACACCCAUUUGGCUGAUUUAUAUAAGCAUUUAGAUAGUGCAACAAAUGAGAAGCCCGAUAUAAGGAAAAUUCAAUGUUCUAUUAGAGAAGUUGCUUUGGAGAUGGAUUUAGCUUAUGGCCUCUUAGGGAGUUUAUUCCGUAGUGGAUCGAGGCAAACUUUCUUCGCUAGCCAAGUUAUACGUUACGCCGAUUUGUACGCUUCAACAUUCCUUAAUUUGCUGCAUUAUCCGUUCUCCUAUUUCUUUAAGGCUGCUCCGAUGCUGAUGCCCCACGAAUCGACAGUGGAUCAUGAAGACUAUAUGAGCUUGUCCGAUGAAGAUUUAGAAACUACACAAAUAUGUCCUCGCUCUAGAAAAAACUUCUCCGAAGUAACAAUGCCUUUGACACCGAUUCACGGAUCAAUGAUGAAUGAUCCUUUGGAAGAAACUUUUGAAGAUAUCGUAAACAACGAUACCCCAACGGAGUGUUUAGAAAAUAAGGAGGGGGAAGGCGCUGAACAUAAAUUGAUGAGAAUUGAAAGCAUUAAUUUACCUCACGCUAGGGCAGCCACACCCAAAGAGUUAACUCAUCAUCACGACGAAGACGAUAGCGAUGAGAGUGGUAGUAUCUCAAAUAACUCUAUGGCAAACAGCCGUUCAGUUUCUCCAAAUACAGAGUAA